AUGGGACAACAGGAGGAUCAAGCAGAUGAGAUACGGCGAUUACUGCAGUGUGCCGCUACCAAAGCGGAUGCCUUCACAAUAUUACAAAUAGAAGCAGAGACAUGUGAAUUGGCCGACAUCAACCGCAGCUUCCGAAGGAUUGUGCUUAAAGUGCAUCCCGACAAGUGUACCCUCGCAAAGGCGGCAGAUGCCUUUCACAUUGCCGAGAAUGCACACAAACUAUUAAGUAACGAGGCUGUACUCGUGCGAUUGAAGAUUGCCCAUCAAAAGAAGAAAGAAAAAGAGGCGGCGUUAAAAGAAGAGGCAUCACGCCGACAAGCCAGUGCCACGACGAUGGGCGGCAGUCAGACGAUGUCAGGAGUAUCCGGCAGUGUAGAUGAGGAGGGAUUAACAAAGGAGGAACGCACUCGACGACGGCGACGAGAACAAAUAAUGGAACAACAAUUAGAAGCCGCACGUCUCGCAGAAGAGGCCGCGCGGAAGAAACAACGCGUGGAGCGGGAAACACGUGAACGGGCAGAACUCGCAGCGGAGUUGGAACGGCAAAGAAAAGAAUGGAAAGAUCUUAAUCUCUUUUAA